UUCACCACCACAUCACCUUCUUCACUCAAUCCCCUUUCUAACCCCAACCCAAACGGCACCUUCACCCGCCUCCAAAACUAUCCAGAGACCCCUCCCUCACCAGAUCCCACUCUCCCCAUACCCGUUCUCUCCAAGGACCUUACCAUCGACCAAUCCAAGCACACCUGGGCACGGAUCUACCUACCCCACCAAGCACUCAAUACUCCCCCUAACCACCCCAAACUUCCCCUCAUCGUCUUCUACCAUGGCGGCGGUUUCAUAUUCUACCAUGCCAACUCCACCUACUUCCACGACUUCUGCGUCCGCAUGGCCAACGCCACCCAAUCCGUCGUCGUUUCCGUCGAUUACCGCCUUGCUCCGGAGCACCGCUUGCCGGCGGCGUACGAGGACUCGGUGCAGGCGCUGCACUGGAUCAGAGCCUCUAAUGACUUGUGGCUGGCUCACGCUGAUUUCUCCCGAUGCUAUCUCAUGGAAGAGAGUGUUGGAGGAAACAUAGCGUACAAUGCGGGUCUACGUGCAGCCGCAGAGGCAGACCAGAUCAGGCCGCUGAAGAUCAAAGGGAUGAUAUUGAUUCAGCCAUUUUUCGGAGGGAAGAAGAGAACUCCGUCGGAGCUGAGGCUAGCGAAGGACUUGAAGAGGGUUAGGGUUAGAAAGGUGAUUGGAUGAAUAAGGUGAUUGGGCCUCUAAAGGUGAGAGCUUUGGUGAGAAGCCGUGAAAGACAGUGUCGUAAGUGUGAAGGACGGCGGCAGAGGCGGCGGUGGUGGUGGUUUCAGCUGCAGUGGCAUGGUUGAUAAUAAAAGCGAGAGAAGAUUCGUACCAGUGCUUGUGGGUUGGGAAGAUGGAGGGCUUGGCUUCAUGGUGUACUUGCACCAUGAAGGUGCUCUUCUUCUCCGGGGAAGCGGCAGCAAGUGUUGUUGUGACUGUGAGGAUGAAAGAGAGGAGGGUGUGGCAAGGAGCCAUUGGAGCAGCGGUGGAGACUGAGUGGAAAGUAAUGGUGAGAGUGUGUUAGAAAGGGAAAGGGGGGUGGUGGCUGGGGGAAGAGGGUUAGGGUUAGAAAGGGGAUUGGUUGAAGGAGGUGGUGUGGUGGUGAAGAUAAGGGUAUUUUGGAG